AUGGAACUCCAAACUCUGCAGAGCCUCCAGCUGGCAUGGUCUGCCCUGGGAUAUAUGACCUGUUUGUCCCCGGUCCUUGCAGCAAAUUUUGGGAAUCUCCAUAAAGACAAGCAGUGGCUGGUGAGGUCAAAAGCUGCCUUCCCCAUGAGGCCUGCUCUGCUUCUCCUUAUUGGAAGCAAUUACUCUUUGCUGAAUAUUGUCCCAAUUGAUGCAGAAGACAUGAGAUACCUGGGUCAGAGGAAAGGUUCUGUUAUGGUCAAAAGCUGUAGCCAGCGCUUCCUGUUUGACUUCUUCCUCAGGCUUCCUAAGGCCCGAGGGUCCAUGCUGGAAUCUGCCCAGCAGCAGUUUGCAUCUUGGGAGAAGAGCACCAAGCACCCAUUAACAGUGGACUUUCCCAUCCCCCAGGGCCCGAGCCCGUGUGUCCUGGAAGUCGCGAAUCUCUUGGUGGCCACCGCAGUUCCCCUGGGACCUGAGACCUACAAUGGUAGCACGGGGCCCGGCGGGGUCGUGGGGUUGAGCCUGGGUGAUGCCAUCCUCCCUGGCCAGGAGCCCCCAUUUUCUGUCUUCACCGUGCUGGUGGUAAUGCUGCUGGCAGUGCUGAUCGCUGCCACUUUCUUGUGGAAUCUGCUGGUACUGGUCACCAUCCUGCGCGUCAGCACCUUCCAUCACGUGCCACACAACCUCCUGGGCUCGACGGCCAUCUUGGACGCGCUAGUGGCAGCCAUGGUGAUGCCACUGAAUCUGGUGAGCAAGCUGUCGGCGGGGAGGCCGUGGUGUCUGGUCCGAAGCCUGUGUCACAUGUGGAUCUCACUCGACGUGCUGUGCUGCACCGCCAGCAUCUGGAACGUGGCGGCCAUUGCCCUGGACCGGUACUGGACCAUGAUGCCCCACCUGCAGUACUCACUGCGUGCCUGCUGCCGCACCUCGGCGCUCAUGAUUGCGCUCACCUGGGCCCUGGUGGCGCUCAUCGCCCUUGCUCCACUGCUCUUCAGCUGGGGCGAGGUGUACAAUACGGGGCACCAGUGGUGCCAGGUGAGCCAGGAACCCUCAGACGCCGUCUUCUCCACUGGUGGCGCCCUUUACCUGCCGCUUGGCAUCGUGUUGUUCGUCUACUGGAACACCUCCAAGGCGGCCAAAUUUCGUUUCGGUCGCUGCCGUCGACAGCCUGUGCUGCCAUUGCCCGCCACCGUGCAGAAUGCGAUGGUUAGGUCCCAGCUUGAAAACAGUAUUAGAAAGGUAUCUGCUAUAGUUCUUGGACUGGGGUUUGACCUUUGGAAAAAUGCAAAAUUUGAAAGUAUGAAGGAUAAAAACAUGUGA